AUGGACAUGGCCCGGGACUGCGCCGGAGCCCUCCUCAGGCCCCUGACGUUUAUGGGGUCGCAGACGAAGAAGGUGCUGCUCACACCCCUCAUGCAUCCCGCUCGCCCCUUCCGGGUCUCCAACCAUGACAGGAGCAGCCGCCGAGGGGUGACCGCCAGCAGCCUGCAGGAGCUCCUCACCAAGACCCUGGAUGCCCUGGUUAUUGCCAGCAGACUGGUCACUUUGGUGUUGGAGGAGGAUGGCACCGUGGUGGACACGGAGGCGUUCUUCCAGACCCUGGGGGACAACACGCACCUCAUGGUCCUGGAGAAGGGACAGAAGUGGACACCGGGUGGUACCUACAUCCCAGCCUGCCAGACGCCAAAGAGACAGGGGAUCGCGAGAGUAACCUUCGACUUGUACAAGCUGAACCCCAAGGAUGUCAUCGGCUGCCUCAACGUGAAAGCCACUAUGUACGAGAUGUACUCGGUGUCCUACGACAUCCGGUGCCCAGGGCUCAAGGCCCUGCUGAGGAGCCUGCUGUGGUUCCUGUCUCACACCGCCCAAGUGACCGGCCAGUGUCUCGUCCACACGGGCACCUACAUGCUCCGAGUGCUGGCUGACACAGAGGAGCGGGCGGUGCCCGGCCCGCGCCCUCGCCGGGGGAUCACGAGUGGAUAGGGGCUCACAGUGUGGAGUUUCCACUGGCCUCAACCCCGCAGGUCCCUCUCUGGGGACACAUUCGGAAGACGCUGUGUUCCCACCACGUGUCCCCUGCUCAAGAAAGAAAAGGGGCCUGAGGGCACUGCCAGGGGCCAGGCGGUGGAGGCCCCCCG